GGUGUAAUGGGCGGGACUAGAGAAUAUCACUAACCAGGAGCCUAACCCCCCCAGACCGGAGACAGCAGGAGGGGGCGGGGGGAGUCCCGGGGACAUGGCGGAGAAAGCAGACACCGAGGUGGAGGAGGCCGGACAGGUCUUUUUGUUGAUGAAGAAGGAUUACCGCAUCUCUCGCAACGUCCGCCUGGCGUGGUUCCUCAGCAACCUUCACCAGUCCAUUUCUCCAGUCCCUGAAUCGGAGUUGGGUUUACAUGGCAGUGAAAUAGAGGUGGUGAGCGUCUUACCUCACGGCUGGCAGCCCGACGAUCCUGCCCUCCCCAGCCCGCUCCACUUAGUGCCAUCCACCUGGGUCACCUUCCUGGCGCGGCAGUACCGCUUCGUGAUAGAGCUCGACCUCAGUCCUUCUACGGUGAUUGUGGACGACUCCACGGAGGAGAUACUUUUCGAUGAGAUCUUUCACUCUCUGUCCCGCUGUCUCCUCGGGCUCCUCCAGCCGUUCCGUAUCCCAGGCUCCGGCCUGGUGUUCCGGCCGGAGAUCUUCGUCACCAUUCAGGCCUAUUCCUCCAUCAUCGGACUGCAGAGUCACCAGGUGCUGGUUCAGGGCUGCCGCCUGGACGAGCAGAAGCUGCCGGCGUUUCUCCAGCACGUCUACCUGCAGCUAGGAGCCUUCGAGAAUAAGAUCGCAGAGAUGCUGCAGCAGCAGUACCGUCCCUUCACUCAGGAUUGCCUACCUCUUUACGGAAACCAGCAGCCGGGCAGAAAGAUGGGCGUGUCCAUGGUCACGGCUGACAUCGGAUUGGUCAGUAUGAUACGGCAGGGGAUCCUCGCCUUACAGCUGCUGCCAGCCAAUUCCAGUGCAGGAAUAAUCGUGAUCACGGACGGAGUCACCAGCGUCCCAGAUGUCGCCGUGUGCGAGACGUUACUGAAUCAGCUGCGCAGUGGGACCAUUGCCUGCUCCUUCGUCCAGGUCGGCGGUGUAUACUCCUACGACUGCAGCUUCGGCUACAUCCCUAACGUGGAGCUGAUGAAGUUCAUAGCCAUGGCCACCUUGGGGUCCUACCUCUCUUCUUGUCCCGAAGUAGAAUCCGGACAGACGGACAUGAACGUUUAUCACAAGGCGUUCUUGCUAUAUUCCUUCCUGCGCACGGGGGAGGCGCUGAAUCCGGAGUAUUACUGUGGCUCUCAGCACAAGCUCUUCAACGAGCACCUGGUGUCCGCCAGCAGUAACCCUGCCCUCGCCACGCGCAGGAGGAAACAUGCCGAAAAAGAGGUGCACGCCGACAUUAUUAGCGUGGUGUCCGUGCGGCUCAGGGAAGGCUACAGCAUUAGGGAGAUCCGCAUUACAAAAGGGUUGCUGGAGGUGAAGCUGGUUCUGCUGUGGAAACAUAACAUGCGUGUUGAGUACCUUGCAGCAGCCCCUUGGCCCCUGGACCACACUAAGCGGAGCACCAGGGUGGAAGUGGUAAUGGAAGGAAGCUAUGACAUCCUGCACGACAUCAGCUGCACAUUGAAAAAGCCCAUCACUAGCAUGUAUAGGACCAGCGUAAUACGUCGCUUCUGGAACACCCUGCAGAGCAUCAGUCAGACUGAUCAGAUGUUGGUUCACUUGAAGUCAUUUGACAGUGUGCCGGAGCAUUUCAAAAUCCCAGAGAGCACUAAAAAUGGGGUUCCCCUCUUCUACAUCCCGCCAGGCUCCACGACCCCAGUGUUGUCCCUGCAGCACAGCGACCCCGACUCCAGCCAUUCACAGUUUGUAUCUUACUGGAAACCCGUCCUCUCAAUGGACGCCAAUGUCUGGCAACGCUGGCUACAUGUGCACCGCAUCGUCUUACUGCUGGAGCAUGACAUGCCGGUCCCCAAGCAUCUCCACACUCCUGGGAACAAUGGGCGCUAUAGCACGGUGCUGUGCCGUAUCUCUCACACCGCGCUCACCUCCCUCCUCCGAGACUGGAGCAGCUUUGUGCUGGUGGAGAGCUAUUCCUACGUGAAGCUGAUGCUCAGCGAUCUGACUCAGACCCCCUCCACUUUCUGUGUGGUGCGGAUUAUAUGGAAGGCCCCCUGCAUGGUCCUCCGGCUGGGAUUUCCCCUGGGAACGCCUGCAAAUUGCAGAAUCAAGAUCAUGGAGGAGCUGAGAGACCGGAUCCUUCAGCUGCGUUUCCCCCACAGAGUGCAGAGCAAAGAGUCCACACCCCGGGUCAAGAGGAAGAUGUUUGGGAUCAGCUCCCCCUCCAAAUCCCCUCCACCCCAGGUGGCGCCCCCUGCCUUCUCUGACCGCUGCUGCCUGGUCCUGCUGCACAAACCCCUGGAGAAGCUGCUCAUCAAGUACGACAAGCUUCCCCUGGAUUACCGGACUCCAUUUAUCCUGAACUUGGAGAGCCUGGCACAGCACACGUCUGUUCCCGGGCCUCUUAUUACCAAUCGCUCGGCCUCGUCCAAUUUGGCCUCCUUAUCCCGCUACUUCUAUCAUCAGAGGUGGAUCUGGUCCGUGCAGUCAGGCCUGGCAUCUGCUGUACCCACCACUGCCCUGGCACAGAUCCUGUCCACUCUCACUGAGAUCCGACUCUCUGAAGGCUUCCAUUUUGCGUCCAGUGGAGAAGGCAUCAUUAACAUGGUGCUGGAGGUCCCCAUUCAGAACGACGCUAUAGGGGAGGACAGCAUCGAGAAGCACAGCUGUAUCAUCCAGUACAUCCUCUUCCCACCGCAUGUGACGUCCACCAAGGACAGCUUCUCUACGGAUGAAGACAAUGACACGGAGGUGGAGGCCAUAGAGCAGGACACGGAGCUGCAUCUGGUGUCUGAAUGCUGGGUGGAACCUCAGAGCGGUUCUGUCCUGGGGACCUCGGAGAGCUGGAAACACCUUCAGGGGCUUAUGUAUUCUGAGAUCCCUCAGGCGCUGUUUCCCAGAGACCAGAGCUGUAUAAACAUCAUGCUGACAUUCGAGUACGUUGUGCAGCUCUGCCAGAACAAAGAUGGCGGCUCCCCCAUCCUGCAGAAAACCGACCAGACAGACCCCCCGGAGAGCGGCGGAACGUGCAUUAGAGAGGUCCCGUUUCACUUCGAUCUGAUAAAACUGCUGCCCAGAUGCCAACAGAUUGAAAUGUUCUUCUUAUCGCUGAGCAGAGCUGAAUCGGAAGGCUCGUCAAUGGAGGCCUCUCUGCCGAAUGAUAUGCUGCUCAGUUUAUUUCACAGCUGCCUUCAGGGUGACCUCAGUGACCAGGAGAUCCCACUUGAUGAUCAAGACCACCUGACGUUUAUGGAGCAGGUCCUGCAACGUGACCGUGACGGACACCCUGCUCCCUUUACUUACCCAAGAGAGGAAUCUUCGAGAAGCACAAUCCCCCCGGAGGCUGCCGAUUCUUCUCAUUCAUCAAAUACUAGUCACCAGGAGCCUAUGAAUUCAGCAGCCAGCACAUUACAGAGUCCAUGUCCCACCGAGGAGACGGAGGACGGCCGAGCGGUGUCACAGUCUGAGGAGCUGCCUCGAUGGCGCUGUUACGCCCGGCUGGUCAAUGCUCAGCACGUGCUCCUCACCUUCCUGCCCGCAGCCUUCACAGAUGUCCAGAAGCUGAUGACCCCCACAGACACCUCGGGGUCCGCAGAGGGGAAUGGUCACACAGAAAAUCUGUCCAAUGCUAGUAUCCCCACACUGAGCAUCACUCCUGCCGGGGACAACGGACAAGAGACAGAACACAGGAGGGAUCUGCACAUCUCCUUCAGCCGCCAGUCCUCCCUGCAGGACAUGCUCUCCGGCCGCCGGCUCCGCUGCCCUGUCUAUGUGUACAACUGUCCACUAGAGGCGCUGCGGGAGCAGUUAGUCAGCUCCCGGCAGCCGAGGACGUCCUGCGACGUGUUCUUCAGCGAGUUUGUACAGGAGUCUGUGUCGCGGGAAAUCUCUCAAGAAUUUAACAGCAGGUCUCACUCCCAGGAGCGGCCAUCGACAAAUCCCUUUAUCCACCACCGGCAGAAGGAACUGGUGACGUACUGCAAUCUGCUGCAGGAGCACUACCACCAGUGCUACGUGAAAGGCUUGUUCAAGGCCCUGCAGCAGUCCCUCUGCGUGCCCCACCAGGACCUCCUGACAGCGGUGGAUUAUUGUGAGGAGCAGCUGCAAGAGAUCGAUAUCACCAACUUCCUCUCGACCCUGUGCGGACACCUGCGCGGCUUCCGAGAGACCCAGACAGACCCUGUUCCCGCUCGGAAUGGGCGACUUCGGAAGGCCAGCUUCCGUAUAGGCAGCCUGGAGCAGGAAGAUGAGCUGAGUGUGCGCGACAGUGGGGUGCUGCACUCCGAAUCCAGUGUGGAAGCAGAAGAAUAUGGGGAACAAGAAGUUAUUGAGGUGCCGACCCCAGAACCGAGCGGCCGACUGUGUUCUGAAUUUCAUCUUUCUCACCUGGAGACAGGCCUGCCCUGUGAGGUGUCUCCAGACCUGCACAGAAUCAUUCAGGAUAAAUUUCUCGCCAUCGGAAGUCUUCACUUCAAGACGGUCCCAUCAAACCCGCAUUACUUCUUCUAUUGUCCGUCCUCCCAGAGAAAAGAGGAGGACACGACCCAGGACACUGGAGACCGGAAGCCCAGCGAGGAUAUGGAAGCGUCCGAGGCCGAACAGGCCACAGAGGAGGGUAACACAUCGACUGGGGGCAUUGCUACCGAGAGCGACCCCGACCUGGAGGUGGAGUAUCGGGAGCACUCGGAUAAUGCAGGAUCCAUGUCCGAGUCCGAGACGGUAAAUCAGGAUGACGAUUCCUUCAGUGUCCUGGGAGGAGACUCGCUGAACGGUCAGGAGGUGCCCGAGCUGGAGAUGCCGCCUCUGUUUGUGAACCUUAUCUGCUCGGUCACGCACAAGAACCAGCACGGCUCCAUGCCCGUCCUCACGCUGCCCACCUGCCUCGGUGAGGUGAUCGGCUGCCUUGAGAACAGUGAAAACCUGCAGAGCAUCUCGCUGGCUGAUCUGAGUGUUAUGCUCGAUAUUUAUGUCCUCACUCUUCCUCUGGAAAUUGAGGGGGUGAACGAAGACUCCCAGCAUACCCGGUACACCUCCGAGAGCAGCGUCUCCUUCCCUCGUUCCCCCGCACAGCCAUCCUCAUACCGAUCCGAUGAGGAGAUACCACCGACACUAGAGAGAUUCCCGUCCAAUGUGGACCAGAGGUUCUCCGCACUCUCCAGGCUCCCGGCAGAGCACAGGCAGGCCAUUGAGUUUACAAUGAGUGAGAUCCGCUGGCUUCUAGAGGAUGAGCUGGUGUCCGCCUUGCGCCACUCGCGUGUCAUCAGCCGCUCCAUCCUGCGGAAGGUGCUCUCUCAUGUCUGCGAAUCGGACGGACGGCCGCAUUGUCUCAGGGAACUGGUGCAGCUGCAGUUUGUGUUCGGGCCAGAGCACUCUCUGCAGAAAUUCAAAGAGGAAUUCUGCCGCCUCUCGCUGCCCGGCUACCAGCUGAAUGAGGAAGAAGAGGAUUAUUAUUACAUCUCCUUGAGCAGGCUUCACGCCCACAGGGUGCAAAAUGACCCUUCACAACAUCUCCAGAUACAGGCAGGGGCCCCCUGGCAGGAGCCCGAUAUCAGCACAGCCCCGGGGGGCCUGGAGGACGGCACUGAUCCCAAAGUGACACCAAAGAAUGGCCGUCCUAUGGACAAGGCAGAAGAGGAUCCCGGUGACUGGGCUCACGCAGCGCUGGAAGUGUCCGACAGUGAGGUGUCCUCCAUCAUGUCAGGAAUGUCUGCCCUCGACCAGGGGGGUAAAAGUGCAAAUGAGGUUGACAGAUUCCAUUUACCCGCUAAAACCUCGUCUGUGGUCAGUCUCCCCGAGUCCGUGCAGUCCAGCACUGUUAAUAGUGCAGGAGGGUCUCGGCAGCGUCCCAGUCGUGUCCAGAGUCUGGUUUCCAGUCAUGGCAGUAUGGAUUCCGAUCAUUUAGGAUACGACGCCGGCAGCAGUGACUCGGAGUGCGAAGACGCUCUCAUUAGCGAGCAGGACUCGCGCUGCCCGGUCAUGCCAAAGUUUUGGCUGAUUGUGAAGAUCCACCAGGACCGGGUGGAGGUCUGCACCCACGCCAGGUACCCCAGCAUGUCCGGGCCGUCUGGUCGUCUUCCUUAUACUUGCGUUUAUCCGGGUUUUACUUUCAUUUUUUCCUCUGACAGCGCGGUGUCUGCUCAAGAAGCGGAGGAGCUGGGGGAGAGUCAGCGGCUGCACCAGCUGCUGGUGAGGAAGGUGGGCGAGAUCUGCCGAGUGGUCAACCAGCGUCUCCUGCUGCAGGACCUGCACGACACACACCUUUGCAACACCCUGCUGGUGGCAGAGAGCGAGGAGGACAUCUGGAAGAGCGAGAGUCCCUACGCCUCCUACCGGCCGAAGAUGCUUACUAAUGAAGAUUUCCCCGGGGAGGAGAGUUACCAGCCCCGCGAUUACCUUGCCGCCACCAUGCAGUUCAUUCCGGGACACUUCGCCUGUGACAUGGUGUGGAGCACAGUCAUUCACAUCCACCCCCGCCUCAAGAUGGGACCCAACAUGGGGGUGUCCAGAGCCAUCCAGUCCCUGCGCUCUGUGCUCAACGCCUUCUCUGUCGUAAACCGUAAGAACAUGUUUGUGUAUCAGGAACGUGCCACCAAAUCCGUCUUCUACCUCAGGCUCUCGGAGACAUCUGGCAAUAGCCGCCUAUGGGACCUGGACUUAUCCCAGUCUAUGAUGUUGCGCUCUUUGGCGCUGUCCCGUAGUCAAGAACCGAUUUUCACGGAGGAUAUGACGGGCAGCCGCUUAUCGCUGGACUUACCUUCCUCUCGGAGUGCAGCCUCUACGAGGCCUGUGGGUCAGAUGGACAAGCACAUUCUUCUGCUCGUCCAUGGCGUCGGGGAGGCAGGUUCUGAGAUCACAGAUGACUUGGUCAAGGUUCUCCGGAAGCGCCUGGAUGAGGCCACGCUGGAUAUCAUCACCGUCAUGCUGCAGAGGAAUUGUAAGCUGACGCCGGCGGAUGUGGAGUUUAUCCAACCGAGAGGAAACCCACCGACAGACGUCCUGCAGUUCACCAUCCCCCAGGCCUCGCUGCCCUGUCUGCACGCCAUGGCCUACUACCUGCGCCAGAACCUGCUCAUUUUCCUCCACACUCCAAAAUACACCGAUAGUAACGGGGAGCAUCAUUUCCAGCAUUAUUACCACGGCUCUCUCCCGGAGCUGGACCUCUUCCUGUAUAAUAAGCCCGGCGGACAGGGCACCGGAGGGAAAGGUAUCGCCUGCAUUGCGCUGUCGUUUGUGGAUCAGCACGGUGCUCUGGUGACGCAGGCAUAUGGGGAGCGCGCAGGACCUCCCCUGGACGGCCCCUCUACCACAUCUCAUCUGCUCAGUGUCAGCACCUUUGAGUCUUUGACAAAAGUCAAUCGAUACAAACCAGAUCCCAGCGCUGCCGGUUCAGCGCCUCUCACUUUGGUGCGAUUUGACGUCUGGGAGAAGGGAAACAUCAGCUCUUCCCAGCUGUCUGAGCGCCUCUCCAAUUCGUUGCGGCAUGCUCUGUGUGACGUCAUCAUCGAGUUUCACAUCCUGCAGAUGCCGCUCUGUGUGGAUCCUGGAAUCCCAGGAGAUCUGGGAGCAACAGCCAAUGGGAAGGGCCCCUCUCAGUCUCUUCCAGAUAUAAAGGGUUUGGCUCAGACAUCGAGCAAGCCUUCCCCUUUAAGCAUUCCUCCGUCAGUUUCGCCCCCCAGCACAGACCCGAGUACCCCUCCGAGCAAAGGUGGCCGCAGGAGCUUCUGGGAUAUACUGAGUAAACCUGACAGUACGGAGCUGGGCCCCCCGAAAACCACUGACGACAUAGUCUGUGAACGGACAGAAGAGCCGCGAACCAGGCGACGGCACAAGACGGAGAGCCUAAAGGUUCCCAGUUAUCCAGACCGGCCCGGGAUCAGCCUGGAGCACGCUCAGAGGAAGCGCCAGGCACAGCUGGAUGAGGGCGAUGUGGGCACCCUGCACCCGCUGUACAGCCACACCUGCCUGCAGUGGAUGAUCUUCAUGAGUCAGCUGGGGUGUCCGUCCAUCCAGCUCUCCUCCGCUCAGACUGGUUCUCGGUUCCUUCUUUUAUCCGUUCUGACUGAACUUUUCAACAUUAUCACAUCUCUGGCCAGCGACACCAGCGUCCGAGUGUUUGAGAAAAUCGAUCGCCCGGAAGGAGCAGCGUUUGUGCCUUUCUUUAUCACCCAGCCUAGCACAUCUCGACCCGCAGUCGCUCGUGAGCUCAUCCUUCUGGGGCGUAAUUUUCGCCAGUGGAGAUAUAACACCGAGCAAGCUCAGAAAGGGUUCCAGCGUUUUGAGGCCAUGGAACAGGAAUCCGCCGAGAGACCCCUGGACCUGACUUCCUCGCCACGUGGAUUGGUUCCUCGACAAAGGUUCCUGAUCAUUGACAUCCAAGACAAGAAGCUGACCCUGUACACGUACAACUGGUCUCCAGACCUGGGCGCAUCGCUAAGCCGCUCCCUGGUGCGCCUCAUCCAGUGGCAGAACGCCCGGGCUCACGUGGUACAUUGUCUUCUGAGCCAGAAGUUGGGGCUCUUCCAUCACUACUGUUUUGCGGACACCCCCUUGCACGAGGAGGGCAAGCAGGACCCCAACCCCUUCCUAAAUUCCACCCUGGAGGUUGACGCCCUCAUCAAAAGCCCCACACCUCCGCCGUACAAGGAGCAGACGCGGAUGGGAACCGCGGGCCGCAGCCUCCCAUCCCUGCACUAUCCCCCAGACAUUAUGCCUUUCGAUGAGGUUCUCAGGGACGUCAUACCCGUGAAACCCAUUCAACUCUCCCCGGAGGUCGACACCAUCUCCCGCCACGGGGCGCAGUUUCUGGAAAUUAAAAGUACUGAAAGACGAGAGGUGGAGAAACAACUGAAGAUCGAAAACCUGUUUGUGACUUGGCAGCAGAGAUCGGCACAGUCUAACAUGCCGAUCAGCGCUGCAGACCUGGACACCCUGAAGCAGUCGGCCCGCCUGGUCCAUUACUGCGCCACCCCUCUACUGUUUGAUCCGUCUUUUCAAGCACAAGUCCAGAGUGACCAAGACAGGAGUGAAGGGAAGAAGAGACAUCGGUCCAAUGACUCCGGCACGUCCGUCAGGGAUCGCAGCCACAGCUGUGAUUCAGCGGACAUGCCUCCCAGCAAAGCUAAAGAAGAGCCCUGGCUGCAGGAGCUGUGCACAGCCUUCAUGCAGCAAUACAUUCAGUACCUGCAGAGCACCGGCUUUAUACUUGUGCAGCUGCGCCCUGCCUCCCCCGCUCGCAGCACGGCACGGAUUAGAGCUGUGGCCUCCCUGGCUCCAGAGAACAGAGCUUCCAAACCCAAAAAUGAGGGUAGUCCUAAGCAGAGUACAAGCUGUACAGUGACCACCUACCACCUGCAGAGGGCGCUGCCUGGAGGGAUCGUGCUGAUGGAGCUCUCCUUUCAGGGAUGUUACUUCUGUGUGAAGCAGUACGCGCUGGAGUGUUCCCGAAUACCGAUGGGCCAGUCCGUCAACUCCCAGGGCACGCUCUCCAUCCGAACCCAUUGCAGGAGUACCGCCGAGAGCGCCUCCGAGUCCGCGCUGUCCAUGCUCUUCACGGAGGAGUGUGACAAGGUGCGGGACCUGAUGCACGUCCACUCCUUCAGCUAUGACUUCCACCUGCGGGUCGUCCACCAGUAUCUGCUGGGAUCCAACAUGUCCCUGCGGCAGGGCUACGAUCUGGCCAGCUUCCUGCAGCUCUUCAUCUCUCAGCACCCCGACAUCCCCAAGUACGGCCGCAACCAUGUGUACCAGGGGGUGCUGUCCGUGCCCACUGAGAUCAUCGCCGCCCACCAGCUGUACAACUACAUCGCCGACCACGCCAGCACCUACCACAUGAAGCCUCUGAGGAUGGUGCGUCCUUCUGUCCUCGGCAGCAACGGCAAGAAGACCGGCGGCAGCGGCGGUGAGCAGAACGAGUACGGCCUGGUGUCCAUCUGGAACAGCUCCGGUUUGUACAAGGACUCGGAAGGCACCCAACACCACGAUGACUUUGACGUGUCGUUACUGGUCUGCCACAGCGCUGCGCCAUUUGAGGAGCAAACAGAACAGGAGAGGCACGUCCUGAGACUCCGAUUUUACAUCAUCAUGACGAGUCAGCGCGAGUUGUUCCCCCGUCUCACCGCCGACAUGAGACGCUUCAAAAAACCUCCAAGGCUCCAGAGAGACGCGCAGGACCUGGACGGGGCCCCUGAGCUCGCUAAGUGCCAAAGGCUGGAAAUCGAGAGCCAGGAGGACGUCCAGGAGGGAGAUCGGAGCAGGACCAGCUCCGGAAGUCUCUAUAAUUCUCAUCUAUUCCCGCUGCUGGGCACGGAGGUGAGCGCCGCCAAGAGGCAGCUGGUAGAGAUGGUGCAGCUCGCCAAGUGCCACUGCCGCAGGGACAACUUAUGGAAGCGCCUGUACCUCAUGGAGCCGCUCUCCUCCGACAAGCUGCGGCUCGGCAAGCUCAGCUCUAGUGAACUGAAGGAACUGCUGGACGCUGUGCACGGGAGGAGCGUGGCAGAGAUCGACCCCCAGCUGGAAUUCCUCCUCUCCAUGAAUGUUCAGUGGUACCAGAGUCUCGUCAAGGUCCUCCUGAGCCGCUUCCCACAGAGCUGCCGACACUUCUUCAGCACGGACAGUGGCACCCAGUACCUGGUCGUCCUCAACCAGAAGUUCACAGAUUGCUUUGUGCUGGUUUUUCUAGACUCUCAUUCUGGUAAAACGAGUCUGAAGGUCGUCUUCCGAGAACCGUUUCCAGAGCAGCCGCAGACCAGUGAGGGUCCGUUACCGCAGCUCGUCUCCACGUACCACCACCUGGAGUCUGUGAUUAAUACCGCCUGCUUCAACCUGUGGAGCGGCCUACUCUGACAGCACCG